AGCAAACGACCCGUAAAAAAUAGCCAACGGAGAGAGAAAUUGCAGCGACACCUACGUUUUUCUUCGAUCUCCCGUCAACCAAGGGGUCGGACCGUCGGAGAGAAGGGAAGACGUCCAAUAUUUUUUUGUCUCAGUAAGCGGGAGAGUGCACGUAAAUUUUUCGCUCGCCAAUGGCUGAACCGGCCGAGACUUCGUCGAGCUCCGAUCACACGGCUGCUGAUUUUUCGGCUCACGAAAACCUCAAGCAAUUCCCGGAACCCAAGUUCUCUGGUUUCCCGGCCUAUCCAAAUGCUCACCUUCAAAUGUUCCCAGUCCUGUACCCUACAAUAGUUCCCGGGGUAACUUCUUUUCCCAACCAGCAACAGAUUACUGGCGGGGCUGGGAUCUAUGCAGUCCCGGUGCCACCUUUCAAUGGACCGAUUGCAGGACUCCCGGCGAAUACCCUUAUUCCUCUUAGCUUCUCUAUACCAACCACACCGCCUCCUGAAGCAGGUUCUGCAGGUGAUCAUGGACCGGCCGGGCAACAACCCCAACAUCAACAGCAGGCCCAUGCACCUCAUAGACAAGUUGCAGUAAGGAGAUUUCAGAUCGCGUUUCAGCUGGACUUGUUCCUAAUCCUUAAGCUAGCUGCUGUGAUAUUCUUGUUCAACCAAGAUGGAUCAAGACAAAGGCUCAUUGUCCUUGUGCUUUUCGCCUCACUUGUAUAUUUAUAUCAAACAGGAGCUCUGACACCACUGGUGAGAUGGCUGUCACAAAGUAUGCAGAGAGCAGCAGCACCCCCUCGACGACCUCAGGCUGCUGCCAGGGCUGAAAAUGCUCCUGCUGCUAGGCUGAACGAGAAUGCACCUUUAGCAGAAGGAGACGGUGAGGAGGAGAAUCGGGCUGGAGUAGAUGGUAACCAGAGGGCUGAGAACGAGAAUGUGGAGGGUGGUGAUGGAGGCAAUCCUUGGUGGGGCAUUGUGAAAGAAGUUCAGAUGAUUGUGUUUGGCUUCAUCACUUCUCUUCUCCCUGGCUUUCAUAAUAUAGAUUGAAGACCUGACCAAGCAAAUCAUCGGCUUUAAGUGAGACAGUCUUUAACGGGGAGAAGGGAUUAUCUUCUUUUCUUGCCCCCUUUCCUUUGUUUCUCUUUGGCCAAAAUAAUUUAUAGACUAGCUCCCAGCAUUGUUGCACAAAACAAUGGCGGAGGCCUACACAAAGAAGCUGAAACUGCUGAGCAGUAGUCGUGAAACAGAGAAAUGAAGUGCAAUGUACAUUACUGUUUUGAUUGCAGUCCUGUCAUGGAAUCGUGAUGUGCCCUAAUUUUGAAGUUUUUGCACAAAUGAUCAAAUCCCCACUCCUGGUCCUUUAAAGUUAAGGGGAUGCUAACUUACCCCGAGUUUUCGUCUCUGCAAUAUCCAUG